AUUAUGUCAUUUUAACACCAGUCAUUGCUUCUUUUUUGUCUAUUUGAACGCUAUAUAUUCGCAAUUACGAGCACUGCCUAGCUUAGGCUAGCGGACAGUGCGACAGAUUGUCAGUGGCGCAAGUUGCGGAGUCUACACCCAACAUCUCUUCCGAACCGAAAUUAUCUGUAACUCCUAGCCCAAGUAAAAAGCAACAAACUCAAUGUUCCAAAGGGUAAUUUACGCUAGUUUAGUAUCUCCCUUCAGAUGAGUGGAUUAUAUGGCGCCAUCUCCUGAUGCAAUUGAAUCCCCUACUCUGCGUCUUCCUACCCAUCGAAGGCGAGACAAGGUUGCUCCUGAGAAGAGGAAACGAGUAGUUACAGCAUGCAAUAGUUGCAAUUUGCGGCGCAUUAAGUGCUCCGGAGAGAAACCUUGCUAUCAUUGUCGGAAAGCUGAUCGGGAUUGCACGUACCCAGUCAUAGAGGACAAAAUAUCUGUCAGCCGUGCUGAGUUCAUUGGUCUUAAAGCAAGAUGCGCUGAACUACAACGCCUGCUUGGCGAAAUGACACCUAUCGCCAGCAGAGAAGGAUUCUCUGAGCUCGCUAGUCCGCAAGGCUCUAUUAGUAUCGCACGUGCGAAUACUUUUGCUGGCACCCAGUAUUCGCCCAACGAAGGCCGUGUUCUUCAGGAUCCAGAUGGAACGGUACGUUAUUUAGGGGAAUCAUCUGGUGCAGUAUUUCUCGACUAUCUCAAGGAGUUCAUGGCAACAAUCUCCCCAUUAGCAUUCAACGAUUCAUGGACUGGGCUUCAGAAUCCGGAAACAGCAUUCAUUAAAUCUCUGGGUCGAUAUCAGACACACGAUUCAAGGCCGUUACUUGUCCCUGAUGUCGAUCCUCUUUGGUUUCCAUCCAGAACAGAGGCAUCCAUCAUGCUGGCUGAGUUCAGAUACUUGGCGCAAGAUGGCACUGGGGACUUCCCGUGUGGUGGAAUAUACUUUUGGGCUGAUUGGGAUAAAGUCCUGCAAAAUACUCGAGCCGAAACUGGGAACGACAUCUCUUCCGACUUAGCAAUUCUGAAUGCCGCAUUCGCUCUCGCUUCGCAAUGUCGAAGAACUACCAAUCUAGACGAAAAUUCAUCUCAUGGAGAUCCAUACUUUGCGAGAGCACGAUCGCUGCUUAAAAAUCCCCUGGACUACAUCACGGUCAGUGACGUUGCAUCUCUUGGGCUUCUUGCAUUCUACCUCAUGGAAAGAAACCGAAGAGACUCAGCAUAUAUUUAUGUCAGCAUUGCAGUACAUAUUCUCAUCAUGCAUGGCGUCCACCGUGGUUGGAUGGUAGAUGAACUAGGAAAGAGGAUAUUUUGGACAAUAUAUAUUCUCGAACGUCGAUUAAGUAUCCUCAUGGGCCGACCUCCGUUAAUUUCGGACUUAGCUAUCAAACUGAGACCUCCUGAGAAUACACGUCAAUUUCCUCCACCUGCCGGCUUGAGCGCACAUAUCGAGCUUUCACGAAUCUCGAAUUAUAUUGUCUGCAACGUCUACCAGAUCGCUUCACAAGCCCCUGGUGAGGAGCUGUCCAUCUUCGUGGACAAUGCCUUACAAAUGCUGACAAACUGGUCGCAAAACCUUCCACCUGAACUCAAGACAAGCGAGAAUGGCCUCACUGAUGACAAAUCUUGCUGUGAGCUCCAUAUGACAUACAAUCAGCUCAUCAUCCUCACUAUACGUCCAAUAUAUUUUGUCGCGGUUAAAAAGGCUGUUGCUGAUCGUUUCAUAAAUGGAAGAUUUGAUAUCCAAUCUCAUCCAUAUCUCUCCAAAAUUUUGGAGUGCAGCUCAGCGGCCAAACGAAAUCUAGCUUUGGGCCGAGUUCUAUCAAGACUUGAUCGAUUCCAUCAUCUGAUGCACAUAAGUCUUCAUAACAUCUUCAAUGCUGCAGUCAUACUUCAGCUGGGUCAGCUCUUGUUCGAGUCGGAAGACGCAUCCGAUGCAUCUGGCAUAUCAUUUGCCAUUGCUGCGUUUGAAAAUGAGGCAAAUAAUGGCAACAUGUACGCAGCAGAUUGCGCGAAAGUCCUGCUCGAUCUCAACCUCCUUGUGCAGAAGCUUGGAAGCCAGAAUAUAUUUUCUGGCCAGCAAAUAUCGACUCCAGUUCAUACUGACCUUCUUCAGAACCAGACAAGUCCUCACAUUGACGUAUAUCCCAUCGAUGAACGCUCAACUCAAAGAGUGAGGUGGCAUACAGAUAACGCAGGGCAGAGCGCAUCAUUACCAUCCACCGUCCGCGAACAAGAUCCUAUGUAUCGCGAACUUACCACAUGGCUCAGCGUUGAUGACUUGCAGCUAUAUCACAUAUGAGCCGCAUCAAGCGCAAUGCAGCGCUCUAGAUGCCAACUCUUAGCAUUUCUUAGCAUUUCUUCACUUCAAAUACAACGUUGACCUCAUCUUAUCAUGUAUGGCGCUAUAUCUAUUUAUUAACGUGAUAUAUUAGCUCUAGAUCUUUUCAUAUCAAUUUCGACCUGACAAGUGCACCUCC